GCGGGCGCCUCCGGAGCCACAGCAGCAGCAGCAAAGAGAGGAGAGGCGGCAGGGAGGGAGGGAGCCACUUGGCCAGGGCCCCUCGGCAGCAGGAGAGUCUCCCAAGAGGGGAAGGAGGAGCAGGAGGAAGGGGAGAGGCGGAGGAGGAAAGGGAUGCUCUUCUGAGGCGGCGCCCCCCCCCCCCCAGCCCUUGGAGGGCAGGAGGAGAGAGGGGCUGCUGAGGGAAGAGGAGGAAGAAGAGGAGGAGAAAGAGAAGGAGGAGGAAGAAGAGGAAAAGGAGGAGGAAGAAGAAGAAGAGGAGGAGGAGGAAGAGGCGGCGGCGGAGGCGUCCCUUGCCCCCCGGCUGUUGGUCUUCUUUCGGAGCUGGCUGUCGGAGGCGGGAGAGAAGCCCAAGCCCCGUCAGAUAUUUCUGUAGAUAACUGCUGCAAAACAAGCUGUUAUACAACAAGUCCUCCUAAGUGGUGUGAUAAAAGAUGAAGCUUUCCAAAGAGUUCUUCCAUCUCAGAUUUUGCAUUUUAAAGGAAACUGUUUAAAACUCAAAGGAAUAUAUUCUCUGACCUACCUAUUUUUUAUUUUUAUUUUUUUAAAAAAUGAAAUCCAAGGAUGAUGGACUUAUUUUGCUUUUUGUUUAUUUUCACUCAAUACAGUAAAAUCCCAUUAUCUUCAUUUUGUUCAAUGGGGAAUACCUGAGUUAGCACUGUAGGUUUUUUGUUAUUAACCUCUUCCCCAACUAUUGAUCCAAUUUUUAUGCAUAACACAUCUCUUGAAAGCUACCAUAUUUGGUUAAGUAGUCACCUAUUUAUUUUUUAAAAAACAACAACGUAUAACUUUCAACAGCUUGUAAGAAGAUUAUACAAGAAUGUUUGAUUGUGGAAAAUGACUCAAGUUCAUUUGAGUUUUCUGCCUGACUGCUGUAAAUGCCUCCUUACACCAGUGCUAUAAUGGUACUAAUAUGAGGCAUUGCAUUCAUUGUUGUAUAGCAUUGUUACCAAAUGACUUGCAUAAACAGUGUUUCAGGUGUGAGGGACCAAGUCACAAUAUCCAGAAACAUCCUCUAUGCAGAGGAGAAAAUAAAGUUCUGUUGCACGUGGAUAGCAAACAGAUGAACUUGCUUGCGGUUUUGGAAGUAAGGACUGUUCACAGUGAGAGCUGGGCUGGUCUGUUUUGCUUGAAGAAAGGAAAGCUAUGCAGCUUAAUGUUUGGAUUAUUAAUAAUGAUGCUAGUGAUGGCAUCAUAUAUACUGACGGGAGCUAAAGGUGGCAUCUUACUGAUACAGCCAGUGCUCCAUUAUGGAACUUUUACCAGCAGUUCAAAUGUAAUGGACAAUGAGAGCCUUGGUGACAUGAAAGACCAUUACCACAUGUCUAAAAUGAAUAUUUCAUAUGCAAAGGAUUAUCCAAGCAUUAAAAUAAUUAUUGAUACUAUUAAUUCAAACAUUGAAUUCAUAACCAGACAACUUCCAGAUGUGGAAGAUCUGAAGAAACAAGAAAUGCAUAUGUUCUCAGUAAUUCCUAACAAGUUUCUUCCAAACAGCAAGAAUCCUUGCUGGUAUGAAGAAUAUCAAGGAAACACUACCAGAAAUCCUUAUGCUACAAACUCCUAUGCGUUAUAUUCCAAGCGUUUUCGGACAAUAUUUGAUUACCUUAGGAAGGUAUUCUGGAAUCAUUUGUAUCAUUACAAGGACAAGCACUAUCGGCUUCGCUGCCUUCCCCAUUUUUACAUCAUAGGCCAGCCAAAGUGUGGAACAACAGAUCUUUAUGACAGGCUCAGGUUACAUCCUGAUGUGAGAUUUUCAGCAAUUAAAGAACCCCACUGGUGGACAAGGAAACGGUUUGGGAUCAUUCGUCUGAGGGAUGGAUUUCAUGACCGUUACCCAGUGGAAGAUUACCUGGAUCUUUUUGACUUGGCUGCUCAUCAGAUUCAGAAUGUGCUUCAGGGAGACAAUGGGAAUGACAAAAUGAGCAACAUCAUCAUUGGAGAGGCAAGCGCUUCAACAAUGUGGGACAACAAUGCUUGGAUUUUCUUCUAUGAGAACAGUACAGAGGGGGAACCUCCAUUUUUAAUUCAAGACUUUAUCCAUGCCUUCCAGCCAAAUGCAAAACUGAUUGUCAUGCUUAGGGAUCCUGUUGAAAGAUUGUAUUCUGAUUAUCUCUACUUUGCAAGUGCUAACAAAUCAGUUGAAGACUUCCAUGAAAAAGUAGCAGAAUCUCUGCAGCUCUUUGAAAAUUGCCUCAAUGAUUAUUCUCUGAGAUCCUGUGUAUACAACAACACCCUUAACAAUGCCAUGCCAGUAAGGCUCCAGGUUGGUCUGUAUGUCGUUUUUCUUCUGGACUGGCUGACAGUUUUUAAUAAAGAUCAAAUACUAGUUCUACGCUUGGAGGAUCAUGCAUCCAAUGUUAAGUUUACUAUGCACAUGGUGUUCCAGUUUCUGGAUUUAGGUGCCCUAACUGAAAAACAAGAAGCUGUAAUUACCAAGAGUCCAGCAUCAAACACUAGAAGGCCUGAGGAUCGCAAUCUAGGUCCUAUGUUACCUCUCACAAAAGAAAUUCUACGAGAUUUCUAUCAGCCUUUCAACACAAAACUGGCUCAAGUUCUUUCUGAUGAAGCUUUUUUAUGGAAAAAACCAUAACCACAGUUUCAGUGCCAGAUAUACAAUGCUUAGAGAAAAUUUUAUUUUUUUAAAAUCCUGUUUAAAGGUGCAAUUAAUUACCUAUUCUGAGGUCGAGAGGUCUAUUGCUGUAAACAUAUGUCAAAGAAACUAUAGAAGAACAUAAAAUGCCGUAAUUGUCAAUUUCCUUUGCAACUUUCUCUCUCUCUGCAAAGGAACAGCACACAGAUAGCUUUGGUAUGAAGCAAUCUUACAUCCUCUGGUUUAUGGAUUUGAAAUAUAAUUUGCAAGCUAUUACAGUACAGAAAUUAGCACUAGCCACCUAAAAUGCACAUUCAUUUUCAUUUUUAAGCUAUGUCUUGCAUUCAAAACAGCUUUUUAACCAUUAAAAUGUAAUUGAUUUUAA